UGGCUGGUACCGUGGGGAUGGAGGGCAGUUAGUAAACGGACUGACAGACAGACAGGAGACAGACACACUUGGUAGGACACUGCGUGCAAUGGACAAACAGACAAGGCCAAUACUGAAAAUGAAAGCUAAAUAAAUGGGAAACAAACGGAAAGAGAGGAUGGGCAAAUGCAAGCCUCAACAGACAGAUGCAGGCAGUGAACCAGAUGAAUGUGCAGGGCAGACAGACAAGGCAAGGGAUGCAAGAGAUGGAGCAGGACAGGCAGAGGAGGGACGGUGGGACACGCAGGGACAGGGACAAGCCCCGGUGCAACUGGAAGGACAGCCGGAGGAGAGCCGGGGGCACAGAGGCUGCGGAGGGAUGGAGGGACAAGAGAGGGGAGUUGCAAGGCACAACCCGGGGAGAAUCUCGGGCACAGGGGCACAAGCAGGGAGGACGGGAAAGCGCCGGCAGGGCCAGAGCGAGACGAUGCGGGGCAGAGGGAAGAGCGAAUGAGGCGGAAGACAAGCGGCGCGGAGGGUCCGGAGUCCGGCGCGGAUGCGGUGGCGGCGCCCGGGGACCCCCACCGCGGGCAGGGCACCGCACGCUGCGCGACGCGGAGCGGAGAAGCGGCGCGAUCCCGGCGAUCCCAGGAGAAGCUGCACGGAUCCACUCGGAAAAUCUACCUUCAGGAAUGAAGACAACUCUCAAGACCUUCAUCUUUUUCACGGAGCCAGAUGGUGCUUUUCAAGGGCAGAUGCAGGACACACAAAUUUCAAGCAUGACAGCAAAGAAGUCCCUUCUGCUCGUUUCAUUUUGUAGAAGAAGAAAAUAAUAAAACUUCACAUCGAUCCCUGGACUGCACUCGAGUGAGGGCUGUUAGAUGUCACUAAUACAAGCAACUCAGGAGUGUGAAGAGGGUCAAGUGGAGGAUCAGCUCAUUACUGUGAUUUGAGAAUGGAGGGAGGGGACAAAUGCUAUUCUCAUCAUAAAUGUUUUCUUUUUUGUUCUAUACUGCAAAAGGAAAGACAUUCAAUGCUGUGCUUCAAAGUCACAUUGCAAUCCCGAUCUAAUUGUUCACGUUGAGUUUAAUAUAAACAAAGUCUAAUUGCA